UCUUUUAUCAACACUUUAACCAGUCUCAAGUAGAACUAAGAUGUUACUCUUUAAACAGCAGAGAAGCCCACGUGACCAUUGAGGAUAUAUACUGUAUUUUGUGGAGCAUUUCUCUGAGCAAAGAUCUUUUCACCACAGUUAUCAAUCUCCCCCGGCUUUCUGCAGAUCGAUACAAAAUGGCAUCGAGCUAUGGAUCGCUUGCCAAGGAGGCCAUUGUGCUGCUCGAUAGGUUCAGAGCUGGAAGACAGUGUUUGGAUGACUUCAUGGAAGAAGCUUCAAAGGAUCUGCAGAACAUGGAUACUCUGCAUCAGAAGUUCAUACUUGAUGUAGUUUCUGGAUGCAUUGAACAAACAAAGUUACUGGACGUAGUUGUCAAUGUCUUCUAUGGCCAGAAUGGAAGAUGCUUAUCGAGAGGUGAUCGCAGCCAGCUUGUCAUCAUCUGUUACCUCGCCACCUUUUCUCUUGAUGACCUUGGACUUCAACGCUUCAGUAACAUUAUUAAAUCUCUGGACGUCAAGAAGAUGCACACAUUCCUGACUUUCUUUUUCACAAACCUCACUACGUGGAUACAAGACGAGUGGAAUAAUAUCUACGAGGCUGCCUAUGUGGAGAAACUCUGGGUUGGGCCUCUGCUAAGAUGGCGCCCUGAGAUGGAUAUUCUCCUGGACCAGCUUGCCGUCAAAAUAUCUCAUGGGACUCAGGUCAAGAAAGCUCACAUCAAAACAACUGAGCCUCUGGAGUUCUCUCUCACGAAACCUAAACCUCGACCUCUGCCUGUGCCUGAGGUCAUUCCUCUGCAGGAAAAAUCUAAACCAGUGCCAGAUAGCACAUACAAGGCUCCAAAGGAGAUGCAGAUGAUCGAGGAGAUCAAACAAAAGAACCUUCAAAAGACUGAGGAACUGCUCUAUGAGGCAAAUAUGAAACAGUUCAGGUGUGUUAAUCCCCAGAAGUCUGAACACACCAAGAGAGCGAUGUCUCAGAUUAAGGAGGGCUUGGAUUCAAAACUCAAAUUCAAUUCAUUUCAUUCCUCUGGAAAUCCCUCCAGCAAUAAGACUAACAGCUGGCCAAUCAAGCUCAACAGUGCAGCCAUCCUGAGGCAGGGGGCGCUGUACGACCGUCAGGUGGAGGAGGAGCUGCAAAGAAUGGAGCGUCUGGUGGAAGGGACACGUGAGCCCUCGUCUUUCCUCCAGUGGCAGAAGGAGAUGCGUGAGAGGGACCUUCAGGAGGAGCUGGCCAAGAUUGAGCGCAGACACCUAGAGGGACGCAUCAGUUAUGAGGAGGCAGCUAUGGCCCGCACACGCAUAAUGGAACGCAACCAGAAGGCUGCUCAGCUAAAGAAAGAAGAGACAGCUCAGCUGAUGCGGUCAUAUGCGGAGAAAAGGAUGCAGGAGGAAAAGGAAAUAAGAGACUUGGUGCAACAAGUGGCAGAAGGACACAAGAACUCAAAAGCAGCUAAAGAGAGAAUACAGAAAUUCAAGCAAAGUAUAGUGAAAGAAGUCUCAGAGCAAAGACGGGAGCUCCUUCGUCAAGCACUGGAGGAAGCACAAGCAGAGCUCAGCAGAAAAUUUGAAAUCAUCCGUGAAAUCCGCGCCAUUCAAUCGCUUCCUCACAUAAGAGUGAGGACUUUUGACGACACAGAGACUGCAGGCCAUGAGCUGCUGGGGGAGAUGUCCCUGGUGGAGCUGAAGGAGCGUCUGGCCCUGCUGGGGGAGGCGCAGCAGACAGAGCAGCAAGAGAAACGGGAGCACAUCCUGGAGGAGAAGCAAAACAAGAAGCAGCUGCUGCUGGAGCAGCUGGACACCAUCGAGCUCCACAGGAGAGCGCUGGCACAGGCUGCUGCCAUCAGGAAAGAGGAGAGGAAAUCCAGGCCAUUUUAUCGGCAGGCGAUGACUCAUGAUGAGACAGUUUUGGCUCUGCAGAAGAAACUUGAAGAGAAACAGCAAGAGCGCCAAAGACUGAAACAAACUCAAAGCAAGAAGGCCAAACCCUCUGAGCCGACAGCAGCACACACUGUCAGAAACACAGGGACACACAACAAAGAAAGCCUGACUGAUACAAGCUGGGAGGAAUUGGAGCUGAGCUUCGAGCGUCACAUCCAGAAGGACGCUCCUUCUGUUGUUUCUCAGACAGAAACGCUCAAGACAUAAAUAUGCAUAGGCCUGUGAAUGUUCUUUUUUAGACCAGAGAGAUCAUCAGUUGCUGCAAGAAACGUGUGGGAGGAUUUUUUUUGUCUAUUCUUUGACACAUUUCAAAUUAAAAUUGCUGUGGAAAUGUU